AUGAACGGCGGCUAUGCCCGCUCCACCUCCUCCCGGUCCAGCGAACCGGGGCGGGGCGGCGGCCAGCGCGUGGCCCUGUCCCGGCAGCUCAACAACCAGAUCACGCAGGCGGCCAACCUGCAGGAGCUGAUCCAUAUGGUGGUGGUCAAUUUUUCGCGGAUGAACGCGGUCAACUACUGCACCGCCUACCACCGCAUCGCGCGGCACGUGCAGGACCAGCGCACGCCGCCCGACGCGUGGCCGCCGCACCAGCAGCAGCAGCUGGGCGGCCUGCUCACCGAGCUCAACCAGGCGCUCAUCGACCGGCUGGAGGAGGUGCAGGCGCACAACCUUGGGCUGACGCUGUGGAGCACCAGCAAGACGCACCGCCUGCCGCAGCAGCACUGCGAGGAGCUGUGGGCCGCGCUGCAGGCUGAGAUCACGCGGCGACUGGCCACCGUCAGCAAAUCCACCUACAUGACGGACAAGCACUACAACUUUGGCCCCCAGUCCCUCUCCAACAUCGUGUACAGCGCCGCCUCCAUGGGCCUCAAGCCAGACUACGACCUGCUGCACGGCGUGGCCAGGGCGGUGGUGUGGCAGGCUGGGGAGUUCAAGCCGCAGGGGCUGGCCAACAUCUUGUGGGGGAUGGGCAAGCUGGGGGUGAAGGUGUCGCACGAGGUGCGGCAGAUGGUGGAUGCGCUGUGCCGCGAGGUGCAGGCGCAGCUGACGCACAGCAGGCACAAGGGCAGCUUUGCCCCGCAGAAUGUGUCCAACACGCUGCAUGGAAUCGUCAACAUCGGCAUCGUGCCCUCGCCGGAGCUGCUGAGCGCGCUGGUGCGGGCGGCGGAUGGCAUGCUGCGCAGCUUUGGGGCCCAGGAGCUCACCAACCUUGUGUGGAGCCUGAGCCAGAUGCACCGCUGCGGGGUGCCAUUCACACCGGAUGUCGACGCCCUGCUGACCCGCAUCCCGGAUGAGCUCAGCCUGCUGUUUGGGGACCGCGCCUGGCGCUCGCGCGUGCGGCCGCAGACCAUCAGCAACCUGGCGCUGGCGUACGCGCACCUGGGGCGCAAGCCGCAGCUGCUGAUGGCGCUGCUGAUGAAGGAGGCGAUGCCGCUGCUGCCGCAGUUCAAGCCGCAGGAGCUGAGCAACCUGCUGUGGUCGAUGGCCAGCAUGGAGUUCUGGCACGGGCCCGGCGCGGUGGAAAGCAUCACGCAGGCGGCAUGCGGCGUGGCCGACCGCAUGAAGCCGCAGGAGAUUGCCAACUGCUGCUGGGCCUGGGCCACCAUGCGCUUCUUCCCAGGGGCCGAGGUCCUGGACCUCAUGCUGGCACAUGCGGAGGCGCAGCUGGAUCGGUUCAAGAGCCAGGAGCUGGGCAUGCUGACGUGGGCGGUGGCGCGGCUGGCGUACAUGCCCGCAGCCAGCCUCGUGCGCGCCUGCCUGCCGCUGGCGGCCGAGUGGCGCAACCCGGCCGUGCAGGACUGCGGCAACCUGCUGUGGGCCUUCACUGUGCUGGGCAUCCUGACCCCCGAGGUCAUGUCUGUGCUGGGGCACAAGAUGCUGUCGCUGCCGCGGGAGGCCUUCACCCAGGAGGCUUACAUCCAGCUGUACCAAGCCAAGAUGAGCCUCAGCCAGGCGGUACACGACAUCGCCGCCCACAUCCCCCCCGAGCUGCUGGCCCGCGGCGAGACCGAGUGGCGGCAGCAGGCGGCGGUGCUCAAGGUGUCGGCCACGCACCGCGACGUGGCGGCGGCUAUGGCGGAACUGGGCAUCGAGCACGACAUCGAGCGCCGCAUCGAGGACGGGCUCGUCUCGGUGGACAUCGCCCUGAGGAGCGAGCGGGUGGCGGUGGAGGUGGACGGCAGCGCCCACUUCACGCAGAACGAGCCCUUUGUGCCGCUGGGCCGCACGCUGUGGCGCUGGCGCCUGCUGGCCAGCCGGGGGUGGCGGGUCGUGUCUGUGCCCUACUUCCGCUGGGGCCUGCUGCGCAGCAUGGACGAGAAGAAGCGGUACCUGUACCAGCUGCUGCAGUGCCGCAGCGUGUGGGACUGCUACAGCCUGGACCCGCAGGACCGGGACGCGCCGCCCAGCCCGCCCGCCAACCUGGCGCACCUCACGCCCGAAGAGGUGUUUCAGUAUGCUUCCGAGGGUGUCGCGUGCAGCACGCUGCUGCACCCCAGCAGCACCCCGGGAGCCUCCCCCACCACGCCACUGCUGGCUGGGCUGGGCCCGGUGAUGGGCGGCGCUGCCAGCAGCUUCACGCCGGCGGACGCCCUGCGCCCCGCCAGCGCCAGCAGCGGCGGCGGCUUGGCGGCCACCCCCCUGCCCCUGCCGCUGCCGCUGCCUCUGACCAGCGCCGGGCUGGGCCAGCCGCCGUCCUCCCUGGCAUCGGGCUCCCUGGCGGCGGCAGCCAGCGCGCGGUCAGCCGGCGCCGCCGCAUCAGGCAGCGCAUACAGCCGCCUGCCAGACAACCUGUACAGCAGCGACAGCCCGCGGGGCGGCAGCAUCGGCGCCGCCUUUGGCAGCGGCCGCCUGGGCAGCGCCGGCAGCGCGCUCAACAUCGCCGCGCGCCCCUUCACCGCCACGGCCGCCGCCGCCGCGCCGGCCCGGACCGGCAGCGCCGCGAGCUCCGCCUCUCCAGCCGCCCAGUCUGGCGUGGCCGGGACCGCGGCGCCGUGUGGGUCCAGCCUGGCGCCCACCGCCCCCAGCUUCUCGCCGGGUGGAGUGCCCGCCGUCUGCAGCCCGGGAUCGCCCAGCCUGGCGCGAGGCACGCCGGCCGGCCGCGGCAGCUACGGCAGCAGCACCGUCGGCUCGCCGGCCCUGCCGCCGUUCACGAGCGCCUACUCCUCCGCCACGCCGCCGCCGCCAGCGCCGCCGCAGCUGCCCAGCCUGGCGCACGCCAAGCAGUGCGCGGCGCCGCGCCUGGCCAGCCCAAAGUCCGUGGCUGCCGCGCUGCCUGGCGGCCCAAGCGGCGGGGCUGCGGGCGCGCCUGCAGCGCUGGCGGGGCUGGGAGACGACAGCUCCGACGACGACAUCGGUGACCUGCGCUCGUACUUUGGCUCGGUCAUCGGCGUCUCGCUGUCGCAGCCGCAGGAGCCGCAGGGGCCGCUGUCAGUGGAGGAGGUGCGCCGCAAGCUGGCGCUGCUGCCCGCCGAGCAGGCGGUGGCUGAUGUGGCGCCCGCCUGGCUGGAGGGCUGGGAUGCGGCGCAGGCUGCGGAGCUGCUGAGCCAGCUGGACAGCCCCACCACCGCCUCCAGGCACGCGGAUUGCUGCGGCAUGCUGUUGCUCUGCGGCUGGGCGCUCCAGCUGUUUGAGUGGCUGCGUGGCCUGGCGCCAGACAGCCCCCAGGCGCACCUCUGCUCCCCCGCCGCCUACACCACAAUGAUUGUCCUGUACGGCCGCUGGCGCAAGCCCAAGCCGGCGGUGCGGCUGUUUGCCGAGCUGAAGGAUCGCGGCGAGGACUCUCCCGAGGUGCACUCGGCGCUCCCGACCUUCCCCGGCGCUUCCCUGCUGCGCAGGAGCGGGCAGUACGAUGUGGCGCUGGAUGCGUACCGCAACAUGCUGGCCCAAGGGCUGCCCCCCACACCUGCUGCGCUGCUGGCGGUCUUUGACGCCGUGAUUGAGCGCGCCUGCGCCGCCGGCAACACGGCCGCCGCGGAGUCUGCGUUCGGCCACAUGUGCGCCGCCGGCGUGGCGCCCUCCGCCCCCACCUUUGCCGCCCUGCUGGCCGCCGUGCGGCAGCAGCACCCGGCGCCCGAGGUGGCGGAGCUGGCGGUCGGGCUGCUUGGGAAGGCAGAGGCGGCGGCGGGGGCCAAGCCCGGCCGUGCCAUGCAGGCUCUGCAAGAGGCGUGCCGCUCCCACGGCUGGUACGAUGUCAGCCAGCAGCUGCUGGCACGGGUGGAGGAGGCUGGGGCUGCCCCCAGCCUGGAGAUGGUGAACGGAGUGCUGGCGGCAUGCGCAGCCGGCGGCGCGGCGCAGGAGGCCCGCCAGGCGUUUGACAAGCUGGCUCGGCACGGGCUGCAGCCCUCGGCCGACAGCUACCUCCACCUGGUGGAGGCGCUGUGCCGGGGGGGCCAGUGGGCCCAGGCGGCCCUGACCUACGAGUCGAUGCUGGCGGCGGGGGUCGUGCCCAGCGAGCAGCUCGCCAGCCUGGCGGUGGACGCGCUGUGGUGCACAGGCCUGGCCUGGGCUCAGGCCAGGGCGCUGGAGCUGUUCCAGCAGGCCACCAGCGCGGGCUGGCUGCCGCCCCUCAGGGCGGUGAUGAGCGGCAGCCUGCUGAAGCUGGACCUGCGGGCGCGCCACGCGGGCACCGGCAUGCUGCGCAUGCACCGCUGGCUGCUCGACCUCCGCGCCUCCAUUGGCAACAGCGGCGCCGCCUGCGUGCUGGAUGAGGCCAAGCGCGUGUGUGUGAUCAGCUCCUCCCCGCCGGGCGCUCGCGGCGGCGGCGCCGCCGACCGCCACGCCGAGCUGGCUGCGGGCCUCAAGGACUCGCUGGGCGCCAGCCUGAUGCUGCACGGCGCGCCCUUCCGCGUCACGCACGAGGAUGGGCGCGCGCAGCGCAUGGAGUCAUCCACCUUCAUGCUGAAAAAAUGGCUGUUCACAGGUGCCUGUGGCCUGCCUCCCCGCAUCGCGCCGCAGAUGUACGGCAUAGUGGCGGAGUACGAGGCGGUACACCCGCUGGACGCGGCCGCCCUGCACCGCGCCCGCUACCACGAGCGGCGGCGGGAGCUGGUGGGCGCGGCGCAGCAGCUGGUGCUGGGCCUGGGGCUGGGCGUGGCGCAGGUGUGGCACGCCGCGGUGGUGCUGCUCGACCGCUGCGCGGCGGCGGGCUACCAGCCCCGCAUGGACGCCCUGCUGGUGGCCGCCUGCGUGGCGCUGGCGGCGGACAAGGAGGGGCUGCCCCUGGGGCCCGCCCAGCUGGCGGCGCUGCUCGACAGAGAGGCCACGCUGAGCGGUGUAGGCGCCGAGCCACAGGCGGCCCUGCAGGAGGAAGUGCAGCUGGUGGCGGCGGCGCUGCAGGGCGACACCGCCUGCCUGUCGGCGGUGCACUGCUGGAAAGUGUAUUCCGACAGGAUGGAGUGCGAUGUGAAGAGCGUGGAGCAGACCGAGGCGCUCCUGGGUGACUCCUUCUCCCGCCUGCACCAGCUGGCCUUUGAGGACGCGUACACCACCUACCCGCCCAGCAUCCUGGCUGCUGCGGCGGUGUACCUGGGGCGCAAGCAGCGCGGCAUGGUGCCCUUCUGGCCCUCGGUGCUGCGGCGGCUGACAGGAUACCACGAGCAGCUGCACCCAGAGCUGUCCGCGGCGCUGCGCGAGCUGCAGCACACCGCCCAGUACGGCAGUACCGUGAGCCAGGCCGUCUUCUCCUGA